AUGGUGAACUUUUAUCGCCGGUUUCUCCCAAACUGUGCCGACACCAUCCUACCUCUGACCAGUCUCCUCUCUGGUUCUAAGCGCACCUUUGAAUUUACAUCAGCCGCACUCACGUCAUUUGAGCAGGUAAAAGCCCUUCUGGCUGACGCCACCACCCUGACUCACUUUCACGCUGAUGCACUCAUAUCUCUGAUGGUCGAUGCCUUCAAUGUUGCUGUUGGCGCGGUUCUUCAACACAGUCUGCCGGAUUCUACCGUGCCUUUGGCUUUCUUCUCCAAGAAACUAUCCAAAGCCGAAACCCGCUACAGCACAUUCAGUUCAGUUCAGUUUAUUUGAGGGAAAUAUAGGUGUUAAACCUUUGAACUCCCUAUUUGUUGCAAGGAGGCGAACAAUAAAAAAAAACUUUGAAAAUGAAAACAUCAAACGGCUACAGAGUUUCUUCAGAUUGGCAACGUUUUGUAAGCCAGACAGAUAAACGAAUUGUCCCAAGAGUUAAAAACAUUAACGUUACUAAAUGUGCUGUACAGUAGUCUGUCUAGGGAUAGUUGGUGCUAUCUCAGUUUUGGAGGGAGACGAACUGAAUGCCAACACACAUUCAACAGACAUGGGACAAUAUUAAAAAACAAACGUUACUGAAAUACAGGAAGUAAUAUAACAGCAGUAAAAACUGUUCGAACGAAAUGCUAGACAAUCUGUCAGGUGGCAUUAUGACGAUUGGUGGCAAUCUGGUCCAAGUUGCGCUUAAAAGCCUCGACGGAGGUGGACAUGACGACACCUGCAGGCAGAGCAUUCCAGGCCUCGAUCACUCUGUUUAAAAAGAAGAAAUUCCGAGUGUCCAGCUUGGCGCCAGUUACGCGUAGUUUAAGUGGAUGACCUCGGAGGUUCGUUGUGGUCGCUAACUCAAAGAAAUCGGUAGGUACGAGACAGCAGUCCUGACUGCGCAGUAUACGGAAUGUUUGUAUAAGGUCGCCUCUUAGCUGUCUGUAACUCAGUGAAAAGAGGCCGAGAUUGGACAAUCGGGUUUCAUAGGGUAGUGAACCCUGUCCACUUACGAGUUUGGUUGCCCGCCUCUGAACUUUCUCAAGGAUGCUGAGAUCUUUAGAGGUCCACGGUUUCCACGCCUGAAUAGCGAACUCUAGCUGUGGCCGUACGAAAGUCCGAAAGACUUUAACGAAGCAGUCCUCAUCGAAGGUAGAGAAAGCUCUCUUGACAAGAUAAAGGACUGACAUCGCAGACUUGGCUACCUUGGAGCAGUGAAGCGACGGUUUUAGAGAAGCCGUUACCCACACCCCCAAGUCUUUCUGGGCGUCUACCUCCUGCAAUGGUACGCCGUUUAGGUGGUAAACCCUCCAGGUCAGAGAUCGGGUCCUGCCGACUCGCAGGACAUUACACUUAGUCACAUUAAACGGCAACAGCCAGUCCUGUGACCAUUUCUCGAGUCGGGUCAGGUCUGCCUGCAAGCGCUCUUCGUCCAAUUCAGUUCGGAUGACGCUCCAAAGUUUAACAUAAUCAGCGAGCAUGGCGACAUCACAAUUCAGUUCACUGACGCAGUCGUUGACGUAUAUAAUGAAUAGGGUAGGGCCAAGAACGGAGCCUUGUGGAACACCGCUUUCAACCGCUACCUCCGCCGACUGCCUGUCACCGACGUGGACGAUUUGAGAGCGACCGAUCAAGAAACUUUGUAUCCACCUCAGGAGAUUACCCCUCAGGCCUGUUCGGUUUAAUUUGUACAGGAGACGCUGAUGGGGUACACUGUCGAAUGCUUUCUUAAAGUCGACGUAGACUGCGUGCACUGCAUUGCUGCCAUCGACUGCCCGGGUCCAGCGAUCUAAACAAUAUAGUAGAUUCGUCACGCAUGAUCUGCCUCUUCGAAAUCCGUGCUGGGCAUCGCAUAGCAGAUUAUGCUCUUCUAGGAAGUGCAUUAUUUCUCGCUUUAUUGUUUUCUCCAUAAUUUUGCAGCAAAUUGAAGUAAGGCUGAUUGGUCUGUAGUUGUUUGCUAAGACCUUGCUGCCGCCUUUAUAAAUUGGCGUGAUCCGCGCUGAUUUCCAAUCGGAGGGCAAAUAGCCUGCUUCGAACGAAGCUUGGAAGAGCAUGGACAGCGGUUUGGAUAGUUCUCCAGCAAGUUCCUUCAACAAUUUGGGCGGUAUGCCAUCCGGCCCAGGUGAUUUAGACUCAUUCAACUUCAACAGUUCUUUGCAAACAAUAGCUUCGGCGAAAGAGACGUGCUCAAUCGUUGGCCCGUCCACUAUGUCGCAGUCGGGAGGGAGAAAUGCGCUUUCCUUCGUAAAGAUGGACUUGAAGAACUGUGAAAGGUGCUCUGCCUUUUCUCCGUCUUCACUGAGUUCUAGGUCGUCACUAGUUUUCAAUAACGGGAUUGGGUCUCUGUUUCGUGUGCUUCUUCUUAUGUAACCAUAGAACAACUUCGGAUUUUCUGCGGCUCGAUUUAGUAGGUCUUUCUCAAAAGUACGCCGCGUCCCGAGGAUUAACCUCCGAACUAGGUUCCUCUGUGCUUUGUAUGCAUUUAACGACACAUAGCUCCUAUCCGAGAGGAAUUUUCUCCAUAACCUCCGCUUUUUAUUCACUUCAUUUUUUAAAGCUUGUGUUAGCCACGGGGGUCUGCAAUUUAGUUUCUUCCGUGAAAUAGGACAGUGGUCUCUGAGAAGAACGUGCAAUAACUCACUAAACCAGUCCCAGCACUUGAUUAUGUCACCGGAAAAAGCUGAUUCCCAGUUUAUGGUGUUUAGUUCAGCUUUCAUUUGGGCAAAGUCACCGCGCCCAAUGUUCCUUCUAACCCUGGUGGCCUGUUCGGGCAGAGAAAAAAUGGAGUACUCCCACAACAGUACGACGUGAUCGCUUCGACCUAGGGGGUAGACAUUGCACCUCAUCAACGCUGUCCAGUGACUUCGUAAGGAGCAGAUCCAGACAGUUUGACUGUUGCCCUUCGCGCACCCUCGUCGGAAAGGAGACGUGCUGAGUGAGAAAUAACUUGAAGGUCAUGUCCAGCAAACGUCGGUCGAAAGCAUGGUCUGGACCAGAUGCAUAAGCUGAACUCCAGUCGAUAAGAGGUGCGUUGAAGUCCCCCAUGAUUAAGACUUCGAACCGGAUAGAGAAUCUCUCCAGGUCCUCAAUCAGAUGGGCUUCCGCUGUGGGAUCAUUUCUCGGCGGUCGGUAGACCGUCAGGAUGUCAAGGCUCGGUGAACCCGGUGCUUUUAUAGUUAGCCAAAUAGCCUCAGAAGUACAAGAAAGUUUAUCUGUUUUGUCUGAGACCAUAAGCCCGUGUUUUACAUACGUGAGUACGCCUCCGCCCUGACGUCCUGACCUGUCUCUUCUAAACAGCUGGUAUCCUGGUAUAGUUAACUCACGGUUGUCUACCUGCUGGUUCAGCCAAGUUUCUGUAAGUGAGAUUAUAUCCGGGGAUAGAUGAGAUAGAUGGAUCUUGAGCUCGUCAACUUUCGAUAACAUGCUCUGCACAUUUGUAUAUAGAAAUUUCAGUUUGCGAUUUGCGGCUGGCAGAGAACUAAGUUCGAGGCGUCUAGGACUUUCGCCCACUAUUCCAGUUGCACGGUCAUCCGGAUCGGGCCCGUCCAAAGAAAAGAUGAUGGGCGCUGUCUGAUUUGGUUAUUGUAGAUAACCAAAUUCCGUUCUCCUUCGUUGAGUCUCUUCCUCAGUUCCAGAACUAGAAGACGACGUUUCAGCCUCUCUGCUGGCGAGUAAUCCGGUUGAAAAAAAAACACCGGGGUUUGUGCCUUUUAUUCUAAAGCGCCGAGAUAGAAUCAACCCAGCUUGCUCCUUACAAGCCAGCACAACUUUGAGUGGUCGAGGGCGUGUUGAUGUAGGCAGAUUGUUUGUCCGCUUUCCGAGACGGAACGCUUUGAGUACUUCAAUUGCCUCAGUGGUUUCCAGGAUAUUGUUAAGCAAGCCUUGGAAAAGCCUUAGAUCUUCCGAAACCCGGUCUUUAGGAGUGUUGGCAUUAGAUUCAGGGAGCCCCUGAAUAACGAGACAUUGGUCUCGUGCGAUAUCGUUCGUAUAUUUUGUUGCUGUAUUUCUCUCUGGUGGAUGCGGUACUUUAGGGGUAAUAGAUGGCGGUGGUGGAACACAUGCUAUAUCGCGGUUUUGAUGAUCGACACCAGUUUUAACUAAAUUGGAGGGGGCCGUUGAUAUGGACGGUAGCGAAUGAUGGUCUGUAGAUUCGGCGAUGGCCUCAAUACCAUUACUUGUGCUGGACCCAUCCGAUCCAAGAAUUUUCUGGGCGUUACGAACUGUUUUUGGACAUUCGGCAUUAACCGUUUUGGACAGGGCUGUUGUCGUGAACUUCUCGCCGCUUAUCUUGCCGUAAGGCACUUCUGGCAUUUACUCGAAGGUCGAGAGUUCACAAUUUUCACUGAUCAUAAGCCACUCACGUUUACAAUACAUUCCCACUCUGACAAGCUAAGCCCCCGGGAGAUCCGUCGCCUGGACUACAUUUCGCAGUUCACUUCAGACAUCCGCCAUAUUGACGAGUCAAGGAAUGAGGUGGCUGACGCUCUGUCCAGGCCCUCUAUUGCUCAUCUUCAGCUUUCACCCGGGAUAGACCUCGCUGAGAUGGCCGCUGAACAACGCCUUGUCGGUCCACCCUGUGAUGAGGAUGUUUCCGGACUCCAACUUCAGGAACUACCACUGACGACUGGCAACGGCACUAUUCUAUGCGACGUAUCCACCCCAUCCCAUCGUCCAUUUGUGCCACCAUCCCUCCGCCGUAAAGUUUUCUCCUCCCUGCGCAAUCUCUCUCACCCUGGGAGUCGAGCAACCGACAAGCUGGUUUCCGACCGCUUCGUCUGGCCUGGAAUGCACAACGACCUGAAAGCAUGGACACGGGCGUGUAUCGGCAGUCAACGGAAUAAGGUCCGACGGCACAACAAAACUCCCAUUGGCAUCUUCCCUACUCCGGACGCACGGUUCAGUCAUAUCCACCUGGACAUCGUCGGCCCCCUGCCUCUGUCCAAUGGCUGCUCCUAUCUCCUUACCUGCGUGGAUCGAUUCACCCGGUGGCCGGAAGCUAUUCCACUGCCUGAUGUCGCAGCUCCAACGGUCGUCAAGGCUUUCCUCAGUCGUUGGGUUGCCAUUUUCGGUGCUCCCUCCAUUAUCACGACUGACCGGGGUGCCCAAUUUGAAUCUCACCUCUUCCAGUCUUUACUCACCUUUUUAGGCUGUACUCGCAUCCGCACUACAGCCUAUCAUCCGGCAGCCAACGGGAUGGUCGAGCGGUUUCAUCGUCAGCUGAAGGCCUCCCUACGCGCCGCAGACGAUCCGGAGAACUGGACAGACCACCUCCCCCUAGUCCUCUUGGGCAUUCGCUCCUCCCUCAAGUCGGACCUUAAUUGUUCUGCCGCUGAACUCAUGUUCGGUGCCACCGACGACUUCCCGGUCAGAUGAUCUCGCCAACCCCGCGAGUUGCAGUUGAGGAUCCCACCAACCUCCUGCAUCGCCUCCGGCAAUUCCUGCGGACACUUUCUCCGGUUCCGCCCAAGCCAUCCGUCUCCGAAUCUUACCUCGAGAAGGACUUGGCAACAUGCUCUCACGUCUAUCUCCGAUGUGAUCGAGUCCGCCGGCCCCUGGAACCACCCUACGAUGGCCCCUUCCGAGUUAUCUCUCGUGGGACGAAGAACUUCCGCAUCCAACGCGGCACUCGCGAGGAGGUCGUGAGCGUGGACCGUCUCAAAGCUGCCUUCCCGGACACUCCUCCGGAUGAGCCCUGUGGUCCCCUACCCCCUGCUCCGCCUCCCCGACCCUCUAUUCCACCGUCCCGUAUACUUCUUCUGCCCUCAUGUCCACAACUCCCAACUGCAACUACCCCUUCAUCAACAAACAACACUGUAACCGCGAGCCAUACUCACUCUAAUCCUGUGCCCCCUGUAUAUAUCACCCGUAGUGGACGCCAUGUUCACUUUCCUGACCGUUUCGUUACUCAUGUUUUUUUUAGACAUCAACAGUUCCUUCGGUAUCGCUACGCGCCACCUUCGGUCUAGCCGGGGGGUACUGUAGCAGUUCGCGUCUCCUCGCUCUCCGCCUUUGUCACGCUGCCCUCCUGUCCGCCUCACACUCCUUGUCAAUGCGCUGA